UGUAGAUCACGCCGCGAAGAAGAAGCGACGGAAGAAGAGGCUGCAACCUUGAAGGUAUGCGUACGCGAGCGAUCAUUGUCAAGUGAAAUAUUCUGCGAAACAUAAAAAACCUCCGGAGGAGCUUUCUAUUCCACGAUGCGGACUUAAUUAUUUGCUUAAAUUAAUUUUGCGUUAAUUACCUAAUUAAGAAACAUUUCGUACUCAACGAAUUCGGUGUUUUUGUAUGGAUUGUGCUGUUAUUAGUUAUUUGGAGUUGACAUUUAAGAACAGUGAUUUAGUUAUAAUUUUCAAGACUGUGAGAAUGUGAGCUUGCAGGUGAAACUAAUCGAUGGCUGAAUGGUCUUGGGGGCUGCUAGAUGGAAAGAAUAGCAAAUGCAUUGAAAGAGCCAUGGCUUCCGGUGGUUCUUUUGGUCUUUGUCUUCUUUGCUCAUCCUCUGGAAGCCAUUCACAGCAUGACGUUAACCGUAACGCGGCACAACAAUGGAGAUAUAUUUACUCAAAUACCAGAUUCGAAUACAAAAUGCAUACCAGAAACUUGUAUAGAGAUAAGCAGUGGCACUGCUACUGCAAUUUCAAAACAAGAUAUGUGUACUUGUCGAUGCCAUCCUCACCUGCCCGCCUUCAGAGAAGAUCUUCGUAUUUGCGUAGAUGACAUUCACGAAUGUGUUCUUGCACCUUUUGUCGGAGGAUCAACUUCACAACACAUACCAUUUGUCUACCUUCCUCUUAAAGGACAAGUUAUAUAUCCUGGUAAAGAAAUAUCCCUUAACGGUAUUCAACCACUAUGUGCUGUAUCGGAAGCUAAAUACAUGACUGAUGAUGGUUGGAUAGACAUACGAAAUCAAAUUGAUUCAGAUGUCCCAUUUAGAUUAUUUAAAGAUGAGGGCCAUUCUUUUCUGCAGUGGUCUGGAUACGGCGAAAUGCGUAACAAGUUGUCUGGUAGAUUGGUUAUGGUUCACCUUAUGUGUAGAGAAGUCGCAGAUUCAGAGUCUACGGAUUUUCCGAGAAUUCAAAUGUUGUUUUCGCCAUGUGUAGCAUUUAGAGUAGUCGGAACUCCGAUUAAGCCACUUGUCAGUAAUGUAAGCGAAGUAGCUUUUGUCAUCGACCAAAACAUCUCUCAGGAAACAAAAAGCUCAGAAACAUUAACCGUUACUGAAUACGUGGCUAUAGGAAUUUGUUCCCUUCUAUUGGGUCUUAUUUAUGUCGCUUCGGUGUUUCUAUAUCUCCAUCUCAAAAAGAAAAAAGCAAAUUCUGUAGAUUCCAGAAGAAAUAGUAGAAGUGUAAGGGAUAUAGAGGACGGCGUUAUAAAAAAUAAUCCAUUAUUGUCAAUGCCAUCACAUUUUCUUCCAGGGGAAGCAGGAUAUAGCGAUACAAACAGUUCAGACAAUGAAACUGCUCCUGAUAUAAUUAAGCACCACGAAGAUCGUCAAAAACAGAUAACAUCAGCAUUGGUGCAUACCCAAAAACACUACAACUUUGGAUCACGUCUGACAGCGUUUUCUUCCUUGGAAAGUUUCCAUCAAGAUUCCAACACUAACGAAAGACUACCUGAAGAAAACGUAUCCAUUGUUGAAACGUUAGAAUGCAGAGAAGACAGGCCAGAGAAUAUCAAAUCGCUGAACGGAGCUACCAGAAAAAAACUUUACUUUAAUCCAGCUUAUUUUGAACCUCAAUUACUUAUGGAUCCCCCACCAGCAGCACUAGAAUUUCUUUCGAAAAUUCGUGAAGUGAUUUCGAUGGCCAAACAAAAACUAACCGCUAAAAGAUUCACACCGAGCCUUUUGAACAUUCCAGAGGAAGAAAAUCAAUACGCUAUAGAUACUUUAUACGGAUUAAACGCUUCAGUGAGUAGACGUAGCAGUAUCAUCAGCUUAAAGCGAGAAAAUAGUCGUAGAAAAAGCUGCACUGGAUGUCAUGGCUGUGAGUCACAAGAUGUGAAUGCAAUAACAGGAAAAUUACCACCAGAGUUUGUAGCUCUUGCAGCUUGCCAUAACUGCACCUUAAAUUCAAAUGAGAACAAACAAAGAAUCAGAAAAUGGUUAGAGGAUGUGCCAGUAAUUAAAUCACCUAACAACUACACUACAAAUCAUGUUAAAUCACAACAGUGUCCGAAAAGAGUUAGGUCACCAACUAAAACUCCUCCUUUACCACCAGAACCACAAGAAACAAAACUUCUUGCUAGCGUUAAACACAGAAAACCUCCAGUGCAAUCGGCUCCUCCAACAAGUAGUAUCAAAGGAGAAGAGGAAAACUUUUACUACACUGUUCCUAUCCAGGAAUACAUCUCUGGUCUACCCCCUCCUGAUAUGAUUCAAGAGGCCAUCGAAAUAGAUAAAACAGAAGAAAAAGUUGCUACUUUAACGAAAGAACAAAUGAACGCAGUAAUUUAUGAAUUUACGAAACAUAAAAAUCUGCUGGAUAAUAGAGAAAAAGUGAUAGAGUAUGAAACCGACAGUCUGGAAAGGCAGCAUCCUAAAGGUUAUUCAACGCCAUCUGAAUAUGCAGAGGUUUCCUCAUCUCAGCCCAGCCCGAGCCUUAGCUCUGUUUUACCAGACCAAGAAGAAAUGACGAUGAGAAACGCCAUAUUUAAUAAAAAAACCGGAAAUAUGACAAUUUCUAAAAUAAACAUGGACGCCCUCCAGGAAGACGACCAUGAUUAUGAACUAAUUGUAAUGAAAAAGGGGUUGAAUGUUACCCCUGAAGCGUACACUCUCGCACAAUUAUUACAAAAAAAUAAAGAGUAUAGUUUAGUUAGUGAGGUAUACGUUAACAAUGGAUACAAUUAUGGAAGCAAUCCUUCGACGCCAAGUAACUCUAGAUACUCCACUUUAGAUAUGAAGCAGCUUAAAGUAAAGUAUGAGGGUACCGCGGAAAAACCAGGCAAGCUUUUAAUAGAGGUAGAAGACUGUAUGGAUCAUUACAUACCGGUGAAUGAUUCCGAUGAAUACGAACAGGAUACUUUAGAUAGAAAACCAAACAAAAAUGGAAAAAGUACCAAACCAAGUACCUACGAAGAUUCGUUGGAACGUCCUUCGCAAAUCAUGCUUACAACUACUGGAAGCUUUCGAAAGAGUACUCCAACAGACGAUUUAAAUAAUGAUCCAUUAGAUUCAGGCAACUUUAAUAGAGUGUUUGGAAGUUUAAGAGAAAUAUACGAAGCAAAAUCGCGAAAUAGUUUUUCUAGUAAAAUUGUAUCACAAGAAGGAGAAUAUACGUUUAUCAGUGAUGAUGAAAAAGGGAGGAUAUUAACUUUAGAAGAGCGACAUUCUAAGAGACAAAGAUCGAAAGAGGCUUACGUUCCACCUGAUGUCAUUCCACCACCUCCUCACAUGGUCAGUCCAAUAUAUGAACAGCUUCACACUCAAAAACGAGAACCCCUAUCAACUGAAAACAGUUACGAUCGCAGAAAUGUGAAAUCAAAAAACGACCAUUUCAGGAGUGCCAACAACAGAUACGAGUCAAAUGCAGCGACUAGCCAUUCUCCACCUAACCUUGGUACUCCUGAUUUUAGAACUGACGAAUAUAAAUUAUGUCUUCUGCAGAAGUCCAAGAAAAGUGGUAACAUUACCAACCUCAUACAAACCGAAGACUUCAUCUUGAAAAAAGGAUGCAACGACCAAUUUAUUUUUCACUCUGUAGUAAACACUCAUCCCAAACUGAAGGAAGGACUAUCCUGGCAGAAUACAUUAAAACCAGAAGACUCUGGUUACCUCAGCUCAGAUUCAAACGAAUCGCAUUUUAAUAAAGUGAAAGUGACUGUACUAGAACCGGCGGCGGGAGUUGGAAGCGAAACGGACGAGAGUCUCGGCGACGGUCACAGCGAAUCAGGUGCGGAGAGUGUGGAGACUCAUUCAGUUUUUUUCGGUAGGUUCAACAGAAACGCCGGUAUAGGUAGUUACGGGUCAAUGGACAGUGGAGUAAUAGGAGGCGAAGAAGGAGUAUCGAGCAGUGAUUCUGAGACUGUUAGUUACGCUACGGUGAUUCCAGUAACCUCUGACCAAUAUUAAGCAAAUACAGGGUGUCCAGAAACUCUACCGACAAACGAAGACAGGAGAUUCCUCAGAUAAUUUUAAGACAAUUUAACCCAAUUCACCUAGUCCGAAAAUGCUUCUUAAGGGAGCUAGAGCUCUUUGAAGAUGGCGUCAUGAAAUUAGUUUUUCUUAAUUACCUCCAGAACGCUUCAAUUUAGAAAAACGAAAAUUGGUAUGCAUAUUUACUUUUUAGAGAUGAAUGGAUUCCAUCGAUUGCAAAUUUCUAGUACCGGUCAUAGGCGUCCGUUUUGGGUAGAGCAACGGGUAUUUUAUCGCAUAACUUUUUUGUCCUUAACUUUUGUGCAUUUUUGACACCGGAUUAUUAAAUUGUAAGGUAUUCUAGUACUAAAAGGUGCUCUUGCUUUAAGUCGGUAGGACACACCGUUUUCUAGAAAAAUCGAUUUGAAAGUUUCUCGUUUUUGGAAUUUGGAAAAAAAUUGAAAGAACUUUUCAACAAAAAACUAAGUAUUUUACCAACAUAAAGUAAGAGUAACUUUUAGUACUCGAAUACCUCAUAAUUUAAUAAUCUAGUGUCAAAAAUGCUCAAAAACUCAAGACAAAAAAGUUAUGCUAUAAAAUAACUGUUGACCUACCCAAAACGGACGCCUAUGACCAGUACUAGAAAUUCGCAAUUAAUGAAAUCGAUUUAUCUCUGGAAUAUAAAUAAAUGUACCAGUUUUCGUCUUUCUAAACAGUUUUUUUUUGAAUUUUUUUUUUAAAUUUAAGAAGCGAAAAAUUUUUAAAUCGAUUUUUCUAGAAAACGGUGUAUCCUACUGAUUUAAAACAAGAGUACCUUUUAGUACUAGAAUACUUCACAAUUUCAUAAUCCACUGUAGGAAAUGCAUAAAAGUUAAAGAUAAAAAAGUUAUGCGAUAAAAUAACCGUUGCCCUACCCAAAACGGGCGCCUAUGAUCGCUACUAGAAAUUUGCAAUGGAUGGAUUAGAGUUAUAUCUUGUAGAUAAAUACGCGUACCAAUUUUUGUUUUUCUAAAUAGAAGCGUUCUGGAGAUAUUUAAGAAAAACUAAUUACAAGACGCCAUCUUCAAAGAGCUCUAGCUCCCUUAGGAAGCAUUUUCGGACUAAGUGAAUUGGGUUAAAUGAUCUUAAAAUUAUCUGAAGAAUCUCCUGUCUUCGUUUGUCGGUAGAGUUUCUGGACACCCUGUAUAUAUAGUAUCGGAAAGAAUUUAAUGUAUGUGUGCGCAUUCAACGGUAGGAACUGAGAGUAACAUAUUUAAAAUGAUAUAGGUAUAUUGGUAGGCAGUGCCACCAAACCAAUUCGUUUCAUAGAUAUGUUGUCUCACAUAGGUAGGCCUUUGCCGUGGUUUAAUUUUUGGAUGUGUUAAUUUUUACUUUUUCGAUGUUGGGUUUUUUACUUGGGUGGAUUUCUCUAACGGGUGUAUUUUGCUUAUUUGGCUUUUCUUAUUCUCCUGUUGUAAAAUAGAAUGGGUGGGAUGAAGAGUAUAUGUUUCCCUCCCUCACACAUAUAGGUACACUGAGGUUGUGAUACGUUCACACAAAAUAGACCAAAAACCGAACCCGAACAGAGGCCUACCCCACUCACCGAUUUGAUAACACAUGCCCUGUACUCUCUUUUACUGAGAUGAUAUAAAAUAUGAUUUAAAUACAUUGAAGAAAAACUUUAGUUGUAUAGUAUAUUUCAAGAAUUGGCGACUAUUUUGGAUUAGAGAUGAAAGCUUUGACUUAAACGGUCCGCUGUGCUGAGAAAUUCAAUAGUAAAUUCUCUCAAUAUUAGAAACACUAUCGAAAAUUAUAACCGAUAGUUCAUGUAAGCUUGGAAGCCGUUUUUCGUUCAAUAAUUUCACAAACAUCAACGUAUUCAUGUAUUCAUGUUAUCGUGAUAAUCAGCAGAUUUUGAUUUUGACGAAAACACAAGAUCAGAUAAUAUCUCGAAUUUGAAAUUUACAGUCCUCUUACAGUCCUUCGAAUGGUCAAAACCCCAAGUUGACCCAAAGACCCCCUAUAUGAGUCAUUCAAUAAAUAUCUAAGCUUAUGUUAAUUUCUCAGAGGUCACCACAUUAAAUUUGGUUAUAACUAAUCUACACUUGAGAACAAAAUAAUCGACUCACUCGCUGAAUUGUACACAUUAUAUGUCUCGAAUUUCCUAAACCUGAUGUCCGAUUUGACUGAUUUUUUUAGUAUGUUAUAGCCUUAUUCUUUAAGAAAAUCGAUGUAAUAAUAUUGUUGCUAGACAGAUAAAUGUCAUUUUAUACCAGCUGUAACAAUCAUACUGUGUUCGUUUCUUAAAGUUCGGAACACCCUGUGGAAUAUUCUGGCGUAUAUAAAAUAUUUAAAUUAAAACUCAAUUGUAGCCUUAGGUUUUCUUAAUAUUUUGUUUUUAGAUUCAUUCGCUUAUUUUCGAUAAUAAAAGAGAUAUGUACUUUUAUAUUACAAAUGAGGUAUGCUAUUUGGUCUUGAUCAAUAUCAUUCCAAAUCUCGAGAGCUACUGUUUCUACUUCUUGGGGGUGGCAAAGGGGGUCGUAGUCUUCUACCAAUUAUGUCCCACAAAUGUUCGAUUCAGUUAAAAUCUAGAAUAUGCGAUGGACAAUUCAGAGUCCGAAGAUUUACCUGUUGUAAAUAUUCGGUUACAGUUCGUGAACGUGAGGUCUUGCAUUAUUGUGCAUUAGCAAAAAAUGGUGACCAAUAUAAGAAGCCGAUAUCAUGGUGGCUAAGUCCUUUACUAUCUAAGAUCACUGCUUAACACACUCAUCGCGGGUCAAAUUCUUUGUGGCGCGUUCCAUUUCCACCAAACGACAACAAAAAAUACGGACUUAAUUGAAACUUUAAACAAUAAAUCUACUAUUUUUCACAACAAACCAGACACUUUUGACUGUUAACAAUUUGACAUCCAUUAAAUUGUUAAUUUCUCAUAGCCUACUUUAGGCUUGUUUAUUAAACUAACCAGAAAAUGAGAAUUUGCUGAUGAAAAAACAUCGCUAGUUGUUAACGUACCUAAUUUUUUUAUUAUCGAACAUAUGCAAAUGAAUAAAAAAAGUAAAUGUUAAUAAAGCCUAAGGCUACACUUGAGUUUUAAUUUCAAUAUUUUAUAUUUAAUUGAAUAUUCCACAGGGUGUUCCCAACUAAGAAAAAAAACACGGUAUGAUUGUUACACCCGGUAAAAAAUGACAUUUAUCUGCCUAGCAACAUUGUUAUUACAGCGAUAUUGUUAAAUAAUCACUCAAAUCGGACAACAGGUUUAGGAAAUUCGAGACAUCUAACGUGUACAAUUCAACGAGUGAGUCGAUUUUUUUGCUCUCAAGUGUAGUUGUUACAAAUAUUUUGCAGGUAUAUAUAAAAUAAAAAUUAUCAUAACCUUGUUAACAUUGAACUGUCUUUAAUGCUGAGCAAAAAUGUAAAACUGCUAGGCAAACAAACAUUAUUGCGUAAAGUGAAUUAUAUCAAAAGAAUUUACUGUAAAUAACUUCUUAUUAAUAGAUACUAUAAAAAAAGAUUAUAAAAUUAUCAGUAGUAAUUGCACAAGGGCUCUAAAAUUCUAUAUUAAUUUUAGAGAUCGAGUGCAAUUUGUUGCGAUUAUUUUAUGAAUAAAACUGUUCAAAACCAAAAUUUUAUUGUAAUUUAUUUAUGUAAGUACAAAUUAGUACAAUUAAACACAGUUAUUAUAAAUAUUUGACGGUUGAAAGUUAUCACUUUUAUAAUUAUCAAAAAUUAUCAGUUUAAUUGUUAUUUAUGUAGCUUUCUAUUGGUCAGAAUCUCCUAUGAAUGAAAUAAUCUUUUUAAUUCAAUUUAGAAAUUACUUGUUUCAUUUUUUCAUGACUAGUGCAAAUUCGUGAAAUAUACUAUAAUACGUUUUGGUAUUAAUUAAUAAAUAAACAGAUAACUUUUUCCAAUAUUCCUACUACCAUUUAUUCCACAAACAUCUCUAUUUUUAACAUAGACAUAAUUUUUUAGAUAGAAAACAUAAACAAUAUAAAAAUGCAAUAUUUAUAUGUGAUAUAUUUUAAAUGGCCGAAUGUGCAAUAUUUUAGUAUUAGGAUAAUACCUUCACUUAAACAGUAGACUUAAAAACGAGAAGAGACUAUUCAAAUAUGUAUCGUACUCCGACUUCGUUAGUGCCUUAACCCGAAAUCGCAAACUUUUCAGGAGAGCAAAAACAAGAUUUUCUGUGAACUCUUCAUUUUUCUCUUUGCAACAUCAUUAUCUAAGUUGUCUGAAGCCUUCUAAUGCUAGUAUUUAUUUUUAGUUAUUGACAUUGAUUUACCUUGAAAUUCACCCUUAAAAUAUGAAAAGGCGCUAUUACUACGGCACCCAUAUUCAAAAUUCGAGGAUUAGAGCGUAUCAACCCACCUUGUCACACGUUAUGGCACUAACACAAUGCAUUAUCACAGGUUAGGGCAAUAUUCAAAAAUGAACGGUACUUACCACACAUCUACUCUCGACCACCGCGUGACUCAAAAUGGUUUGUGGUAGGCUUGCUAAUGCUGGGAGCGCCAAAACCCGAAAAGGUAAUAACGUCACAGGCGCACCAUCUCGAUUUUAAGAUAACUAAAUUAUAUGACAUUAUUCCACAAUGAAGACAACAAGUCUACAGGAACGUGUUAGGCCAAAAAAACGAUUUUCCAUUUUUUUAGGGUUAUGGCCUUAACGAAGUUGGGGUACGGUAUGUAUUCUAUAUUUUUGAAAAGUCUGUCGUGGAUUAAUUUCUCGUUGCUAUCAGCUACUUUGCCAAAUACAAAAUAGACUACUAAUAGGUGCAAUAAGGAUAUAUUCCUAUACGAAUACAUGAUAUAGAUUAUUACAAUGUUUUUACCAUUUAAUAUCGAAGUGCAAUGUUUUAAGUGCAAUAUUUUUGUUAUUUUUAUGAUUAGUGGUAUAGUUUAUUUGUUUAAGAUUUUUUUAUUAAUAUAGUAAAUUAUUUUUGUACACAUUACUGUAUAUAUGCAUAAAAAGGAUUUGGUUUAGCAAAAUAAACAAUGUUCAGGAAGUUUUUUACAGAUACUCUUCAGCCAAAUUUCCUGUUAAUUAUAUGUAUCGAAAACGUGAGACAACUUAAAAAAAAUGUUGUGUACUGCACAAUAUAGUUAUACAGGGUGUUUGGUAAAGAAUGGGCCAUAGCUUAACCUCAGGUUCCUGAUGUUAAAAUAGGCCGAUUUAAGCUAACUUACCUUAGUACAAAGUUUAUAAUAACGGAGAUACAGGGUGUCAAAGUUAAACUUUUUUUUUAUUUAUUAUUGAAUAUUUCCUUAUAGGUAUGAGAUAAAAACAUAAAAUUUGAUAUGUGUGGGUUUUUUGGGUCGAAAAAACUAAAUUCCCUACCAAAAAUUAUGUAUUGCCCAGAGGGCGCCACAUACGCCUUUCAGCACUCAUUUAUUACGUUCAAUUUUUUUUAUCCCUCACUCUGUAUAAUUUUGACAUUAAAAUUUUUAUUCUCCUAUUAGUUUUACUUAAAAAAGGUAUACUUCUUUCAUCUCCCUAAACUUAACCGUUUUCGAGAUAAACGCAUUUUAAAUCUGCGAUACACCAUCAUUUUUAGCAUAUUAUUAUCAUUGUAGUUACACCCGAAAAAUAACUUAAAACCAUAAAAUUAUCCAAAAACGUAUCGCAAAUUUCUUCAAGUGGAAAUUUGAUUUGCGAUGCAAUGACAUAAAUUUGAGAACUGGCACAAUUAUUAUGGUUUUAAGUUAUUUUUCGGGUGUAACUACAAUGAUAUUAUGCUAAAAAUGAUGGUGUAUCGCAGAUUUAAAAUGCGUUUAUCUCGAAAACGGUUGAGUUUAGGGAGAUCAAAGAAGUAUACCUUUUUUAAGUAAAACUAAUAGGAAAAUAAAAAUUUUAAUGUCAAAAUUAUAAAGAGUGAGGGAUAAAAAAAAAUGAACGUAAUAAAUGAGUAUUGAAAGGCGUAUGUGGCGCCCUCUGGGCAAUACAUAAUUUCUGGUAGGGAAUUUAGUUUUCUCGACCCAAAAAACCCACACAUAUCAAAUUUUAUGUUUUUAUCUCAUACCUGUCAGGAAAUAUUCAAUAAUAAAUAAAAAAAAGUUUAAUUUUGACACCCUGUAUUUCGGUUAUUAUAAACUUUGUACUAAGGUAAGUUAGCUUAAAUCGGCCUAUUUUAACUUCAGGAACCUGAGGUUAAGCUAUGGUCCAUUCUUUACCAAACACCCUGUAUAUAAAAGUGGGUACCAAGUAUUACAGUAAAAAAAGCUGGGAUUGGGACCCGAGUCCUUGAUAUAGAUCAGUAUACACAUAUUUGUCCACUCGUUCGACAUGGGUUCCAUUUAUUAGAAGAUUCGCAUUAUUUCUUUGAUUUUUCGAUAUUCUUAUAAAUUUUAUCUUCUUGAUGUUCAUUAUUAUGCCGUAUUGUUUUGCAUACUCCGCUAUUCUGGUCACCAGUCUCUGAAGAUCUUCAAUAUUUUUGACUAAAAUGACAGUGUCAUGACGCUUCAAUUACUAUUUUACUACUUUUUUAAUUGCUCAUUUUAAAUAUUAACUUUCUUUUCUAAACGAAAUAAUAUAGGUCAUUUAAAAUUCACAUGUGUUUCGUUCCUAAUAUACAAACCAUAUGCAUAGAAGGGCCUGUUAAGUUUUAAGAAACGAAAUAUAUCCCUAUUUCAGGUAAAAUGCCUUUGCAGUUUUAAAUACACCAGAUCUAAUAAAUUGUCGCCUGUAUGGCCAUAUGGUAGAACCACAUAAUGACAGAUUAGUGUUUGUGGUCUAGUUCAGUAUAAUCACAGCGGGCACCCUGUGCGGUCACACCCUCGAUAGAAUAACAAACUCUUACGAGAUAUAAACAAAGCACGCAUUUUUUACCAAAAAUAAAUAAAUAUAUUAUUGUCCGUCGUUUUACUUAAUAUUAUUUUAAUUGUUUCCGUGGACAAUAAGGUUAUCACACACGCAACUCAACCACACCACGGAACACGCAUAUCUAAUUUUGUUAAUAGGAACUCCAUUUACGUUUAUUCCAGCUGUUUCACCCUCAAGAGCUUUUUUCAGGAUCUCUUGCGAGUAGGCAUUAAAAAGAAUUGGAGACAGUACGCAUCCAUAUCUUACCCCAGGUCUAUUUAUUUCAAUUUCCCCUGAGGUUAUUGUUGUCUAUCUUCUUAGAUUUCAGGACAUUAAUUUAUUGUUCAUGUCGUACUAGUCUGUCAUAUAUGUGUAGUUAUAUUCACAAAAAACUUUGAACUAUAUAAGAAAUUAAGAACUCACUCACAGAACAAUAUGACAUACUGAUAUGUAUCAAAUUUAUGUAUCUACAGAAAGACGUGUUUCUUUAAAUGAAAUAUUAAUUUAAUAAUUGUAGAAAGUAGAAACCUAGAGUUUAAGGAAUCCAGUCUAUACGAAAAAGGUUGUUCCGAUACAAAUAAAAAACAGUAGUUGAUAAUAGAUAAUACGGUAUGUGGCAAAAUAAACAGUACUAAAAUUCGUUUGCCCCAAAUUUGUAUGUGAGAGGCGUCGAAACGUAUUGAAUGGUGUCCGAACGUCUUUAUAACGUAUGUAAAUGUCGUGAUAAUGUUAGGUGCUUCAGAAUGGUUCUCAGUUUUGCAGAAAAAAUUUUUAUGGUGAAGUACUAUUUUCGGUCACACGGAAAAGGUCACGAAAAUGGUCCAAGCUUAAAAUCAACAAUGGUUUCAGCAGGACGGGACAACCUGUCACACUGCCAGGGAGUCUCUUCGAAUACUGCGCGAUCAUUUUGGAAGUUAUCACUCACCAGAACUGACGACACUAGAUGCGUACAUGUGAAGAAUGCUAAAAGAGUCAGACAGAUCCACCAUCUGCCAUUUCAGAGUUGCGGACUAAAAUUAAAGAUUUUUUCGUACCAGAGGCAGUGGCGAAUCUAGAAAUUUGCUUUGUAAGGAAAAAUUUGCCUCAGGGGGCAACUUCCAAUGAAAAACCAACCAAAAUGCAUAAAAAAGAUAAACUCAGAUUACAUAAAAGACAUAAAUAAUAAGUUAUAGGCAUUAAGUUCCCUUAAUUUUCCUAACUAGAGUGUUUAUUGGGUUCAAUUUGUAUUUUUAUGGUUCGGUUACAUGUCAGCUAAUGUAAUUUUAUAUUUGAACAAUUUUUUUUCUUUAAUUUUCGACUUUGUUAAGGGGGAAAUUUCCUCAUUUUGCCUCCUCGUAGACCCGCCACUGGCCAGAUGUCAUCUUUAACAUCUGUUAUGUCGGGAACGUGCGUCAUCGUGAAUAAUGUUUGCAAGGCUAUAUCGUGUAUACUAGAGAUAUCAAUAAUCAUAAACAUUUCAAUGUUCAUUUGUUCAUUUCAGUACUGUUUAUUUUGCCGCAUAAGUACUGUAGUAAUCAAAAAUAUGUGACGAAAGUACUACUGAUCGUGGAUUAGGUGCAGACUUCAUGGUACCUGCAGUGUACAUAUUUUAACAAAUUAAUAUUAUUAAAUAUAAAAGAAAAAUCCACAUUUAUCAAUCUGCCAAGGUAAACUAAAAAGUUGUAUUAGUAGAUAUAUAUUUGAUAAGUAAUUUUAGUUGAGGCAGUUUUUUGAUACUGAAGAUGUAUUACAGAGGUCGUAUGUAGUUGUAUGUCUUGCUCAAAAAUAUAUAAUGUAUGCGUAUUACUAAGUAUUUUUGUGACUGUUUUCUUAUUUUUAUAUGAACUUAUAUUAUUGUUAAAAACGAAUUUUAAUAUAUGCCUGUUUCUUA